UUGAGUAGGAGCAAGCUGGAAGAACGUAUCCUGUGUUGUAGGUUAAUGCAUGGCCCCUCUGGGAGACAGGGAGCAUUGUUUGUUUCGGAACCAACAGUAAGUUUGUUGUCUUUUUGACAUUCAGUGACGGACUUGAGCGCUUUGUCGGGAUCGAGAAAUAUCGAAAAAGCCUGAGAUUUGUCAGAUAAUCGAGGAGGAAAACGUUGAAGUUUGCGAGUUCGUGCACAUCACCUUUAUCCUCAUGGAGACGUAGACUGUCCUACACAAGGAUGGUUUGGGGGUAGUUAUAUGGAGUCUGAGUUGGAACUGGGAGCAGUUUUCGCACGGAUAAAGGCAGAAAAAAACAGUUGAAAAACUUUCGCUCGUUCAAGAACAAAGCGGUGAGCCGGUUGGAUUGUUGUAAAGUAAUCUUUACGCACGGUCUGCGCACACAGAUUUGCAGUACAAGAUGCGCCUGUUGAGCACGUCGUACGGAUGUGACCGCGGAGAAAUCCGACGGAGAAAACACAUGAUGCAUUUUCUUUUCCUCCUCGGGGCCGUGCUGUCCUGCCACGGCUGCCCGGACAAAUGCUUGUGCUUCUCUCAAACAGUGAAAUGCCAAAACCAGGAUUUGGAAGAGAUUCCGCAUUCUUUACCGGCCAACACCAAAUUCCUGUUUGUCACAGGAAAUAACAUUUCCCGGAUCAGUGUGGGCUCUUUCCCAACCCGCCUGGAACACUUAACAGAUCUCUAUCUCAGUGGGAACAAGUUGGAGUCUGUGGAUGCAAUGGUAUUUGAUAACUUGCCAAACCUUGUGCGGCUGGAUCUGAGCAACAACAAUAUCCAGACUUUCAGUGAAAAAGCUUUGCCUGAUGAUAAUAAAGUGCAGUUCUUGAACUUGAGUAGUUCUUUCCGUAAUCAUACCACCCUAGAUCUAAGCUUUCUGCAAAGUGAAAACCUCGUCCUGCUGACAACCUUGGACCUAUCCACCAAUGACCUUGUGAUUCUUCCAGACAACAUAUUCACCAGCCUCCCCAACCUGGUCAACCUCAGCCUGCAGAACAGCUCCAUCAUCUCCAUUCCCAAUGAGACGCUGAGGGUGCCACCGCUGCGUGACCUUGACCUGAGGGACAACGGCCUGACGGACCUUCCACCCACCACCCUGGCACAGUUCAGCCUCAAGCCCGCUCUCCAGAUCCGGCUGGCGGGGAACCCUUGGCGCUGCAACUGCUUCAUGGAGGACAUGCUGCUGUGGGUGAAGAACUCCACUCAGGUCAUUGAUGUGCAGAACCUGACCUGUGCAGACCCCGAGGCCCUGAAGCGUGUGCCGCUCGUGCAGAUAGAGCAGUCACAGCUGAAGUGCAAAGGGGAUAUGGAAGGUGUGCUGGAGACCUCUUAUGUUUUCCUGGGGCUGGUUCUGGCCCUGAUUGGCGUCAUAUUCCUGCUGGUGCUCUACCUGAACAGAAAAGGCAUCAAGCGGUGGAUGUACAACAUCCGGGACGCUUGUAGGGACCACAUGGAGGGGUACCAUUACAGGUAUGAGAUAAACUCUGACCCACGUUUGGCCAACCUCAGCAUCAAUUCAGAUGUGUGAACAAAGAUGGGACACUGUCUGGGACCCCGCAGUGAGAUAUUAAAUGACUUAUACUGUUAAAAUUUGCAUGAAAGUCUUCCUCCCCUUCCCCUUUCUCCCCCCUUUAUGCUAUUCAGAUUUGACAUCUGUCAUGGCCCCUUAAUAACCCCACUCACGACCUCCAUUGAACCACUGCUGCAUGUCCAAUACAAGUACCUGGCAGCUGUGUUGUCAACUGCGUAUCUUCCGUGUAAUAAUGCAUGGAUGAAUCAUGAAAAGGUUUUGUUUUUUUGGAGAGUUGCAAAGAGUGAUAUGUUCUAUUUUUACUUUUCCUAAAGGAUAAACGUAUGGAGUACAUUUCACUUUUAAGUGAAAGAAAACAAAAGCACAUACUGCUAGACAUUGCAUCCUUCUCAUUAUGCCUCUACUGCAGAGAAAUGCUCUACUGCUUGUUUAUGAGUUUGUUCUUUUUAAUAUGUGAAUUUGUGAUAUAUACGGUACGCCUUUUUUCAAUGUUCAUAGUGCACAUUGCAUAGUUUUUGGAUUUAGUAGGUGGAUGUAAUUGCUUUUUUUUCUGUGAAGAUAUUUGGCUAAAUAAAAUGCCUCUGGAUUGCUGGUAUCUGUGUCGACUAAGGACCCUUAAUCUUAAGGCUGAAGGGUGUGAUCCAAAGGCUGUGACACAGGAGAGACACGCAGCUACCAUAAACAUAUGACUAAAACUAAAUCU